AUGAAUAAAACCAACUCAAAAAAACCUAAAGGAAAAAAUAACGACGACCAAAGGCAAAAGGACAAUGACGACGCAUUAAUUAGUAAAAUUGAGAAUAGGGAAGAACAGUCGCAAGACGGCACAAUAGAUGAAGAUGAGCUGAGAAAGUUUGAAAGGGAAUUGCUACAACGGCACGAUCAACAGCCUAAACUAAACAGGUCGGGUGCCAUAAAGCACUCGACACUUGUAGGGGAAGAAAUUAAUACAAGAGAAGAAGAAGAAAAAGAGGAGGAAGAGAAAGAAGAGGAAGAUCCCUCGGUGAAAAUCCUGGAAGCGAAAGCCUUCACAGAAAGUCACGAUGAAAAAACGGAAGAAGAAAGGGGAGGAACUUGGGAAGAUAUAGAGGAGAGUGUUUUAACAGCCUUCUUGUUCGACGAAGAGGACAGAAGAGAAAUGCAGCAAAUGAAAAAAAGAAAAGGGGACAGCCUUGAGAUAAAUGAAAAAUUCAAAAAAGAAAAACUUGAAGAAAGCAAAAAAUAUCCAGAAGAAACCGACAGGGAAAAGGUCCAACGGAAAAUGAAACAAAUACUCGAUAUACUUAAUACAGAAGGCCCAAUAGAGGACGAAAGAAUAAGAAUGAAAAAACUCAUAGGGGAAAUUAACUCUAUGCAAAACAGAAAAAUUAGCCCAAAUCAAACAACACAAGGGGAGGAGAAAAAUAUAAGAUGCGAACAAUGUAAAAUUAAGAUCGAGCAAGAGAGACAAAGAAAAGAAACAGAAAAAAUAAUAGGAAUUGUAAACAAGGGAGGAGACAUAGACACCUUUAGUCAAAUCCACGAGAAGAAAUGGGAGGACAAGGUGUUUGAAAAAACGAAGUGGGAACAUGGGGGACUGCAAGAGACAAUUGAAAAAAAAGAAUGCAUAAUAAUAACUAAAAACGAAAUAAAAGACGGAGGGGUAGAGGGCGUCAUAAGAACGCUCAGGGAAGAAGUAGCAGAAAUCAUUGAGGAAUGCAAAGUGGGCGACAUAGAGUACAUAGAAAAUGCAAAGAAAAGCUCUAUGGCCAACCAAAGGAGGCAGUGGUACACAUAUGUAACCAAAGUGGGUGAACAGGGAAUGUAUGAAAUGGCUGUAAAGGCCAUAAAUAUAAUAAAAAAAAGGGAGAAGCCCCCGGAAACCGUUAGAGUCAUCGUUAACAACGAGAUAAAUAAGGAAGAUGUGCGAAAAGCUCUCGAAUUUGUGGGGAGAAAAGAAAAUAUAGUAUGGGAAAUAGUUAUCAGAGGGAAGGAGAUGGAUAAAGGGGAGAGGCAUGAGCAGGAAGAAGCGCUCCUAAUCAAAACGGGGGGGAAAUCAUACACUGAUGUAUUAAAAGAGAUGAAUCAGAAAAUUGAUAUAGGGAAGAUUGGCUUAAAAGUAAAUAGGCUAAAAAAACAGAAGGGGGAGACAUCCUCGUAA